AUGGCCUCAACAAGUUUUCGUCUUAGCUUUCUAGGUGCCCAUGCUUGCCAAGUGAAUCCUGCAACAUCUCUAUCUCGAACCUUCCAGCAGUUCCAAAAGAAAUCUGAAGCUACUCGUACCACACCCGACUCGCCAGAACUUGCCGAAUGCAAUCGCUUUUUGGAUCUCCACGCCGAGCAUAAGGACGCAACCCAGCUAUUCGUGGAAAAGGUACGAGAACACAACAACCAACUAGCCAGUGUUUUUCGCUACUCGGACCUGAGCAAAGGAAAGCAAGCAAUAGUCAGCUCGUACUGGCGACAUUUUACUGAGGGCCUAAAAGAAUGCAUGGACGUCCUCAAGGAGGAGCUUGAACUCACCGAUGAAGCAGAUGGAGACCAAGUCAAUACCCUGAUCCGGCGGGCCCACUUUGUCCGAUUCCCCGAGCGCGACGCUUCUACAUUGACAGAAGAUCAGAUGCUUGCUGCACUUGACGGUUCCACUGCAUCCGCAGGAGAGAAACUUAAGCCGGCUGACCAAAUCCAGUGGGCUACCGAUAUAGUCCGGCAAGGUUUCGAUGCCGAAUAUCAGAGACACGAUCUGAUUAGCAUCCCUCUGCUCCCACUGAUCACGCCCCGCUCAAGCCCACCCCAUCAUCCCCAACUCUAUAUGGAGGCCUCUACCCAAACCCCAGCUCUUAUAAUAUACUACAACCCCCAGGGGGCUGAGUAUCUCCCAUCGUCGCAAGACAUUAGCCAAGUCACCCAGUUCGUUGAAGAGCAUGACCCUGCCGCUGAAGAAGGUCAAACGGCACACUUUGAAGUGAAUUAUCUGCCUGCGUCCUCCAUGCCCACUAGCCCACGUCACCGACCCAAAGUCCAAGCUCGUAGAUGUCUAAUUACUCACAUCAAAUCCCCCACUAUCCACCCUACCUCAGCGACCCGCCCACGCGUCAUCAGCCAGCCACCGCCGGACGGCAUGGUCAUCAUCAGAGACCAUACUACCCAAUAUGAGCUAAUUUCGUGGUAUCACGAGGUCCAGUGGCGCCAUUCUUGCCAAGUUACCAAACGCGAUUCCACCCAGACUUUUGAUGAAUAUCUAGCCAGCCACCUCGCAAUCCAUUUCAGCCUGAGCUUACUGGGUUUCACUGUUCCCAAGCGACAGGCAAAUUAUGAUUUGCUGAUUGGCACCUACAAGAAAAUCCAUGCGGAGCUUGAUAAGAAUCCCGAACACGACCUCAACAAGUUACUUGGCUUACACGGCAUGAAGCCAUUGCUUUAUGCUAAAAUAGGGAGGAUGCUCAGUGGCGAAAAACCUCCAUUCCUUAAUUUUAUUGAUUCUAUGAUCACCAACCGUGAGGAGAACAACGUCAAUGUUGCCCGGAAGGCCGCCGCGACUUCUCCAAGUGACGGAAGCACGGACUCGUCUGCUCCGUCCACGGCCCUCGACAUAUCCUCGGCAGCCAAUCCAACUACUUCAGCCAACAGCCGCGAUGAACCCGCAGAAGCAGAAGAUCCCCGCCCGGAACCCCCGUGCGGCACCGACCUACCAGGCGAGCUGGCCAAUCUACCUCUAUCGUCUUAUCAACGCAAACAAGAUCAACUGAUCUAA